AUGGAACUCUCCGAUGGUUAUGUGAAGACGAAUUCAAGGCCUGAUGUAGUCGGCCGAACAGGGGAAGAUGUACUUUCUCGUGAGGACUGGCGGUGGCAUUCCUCCCUCAUUGAAGCAGCAUGGAAAGUCGGGUCGCCCGCAACUCUUCCCGGCAUUGGAAUUAUUUAUACUGCUGGCCAUAUUGACCGGGGCAGAUACAAGGGCCUUCAGAGUGUUCCAAACACGUUACCAAUUGAUGAUGGGCUACCGGAUAUGUUCCUUGCACCCCAAGGAAGAACCCCUGUCUCCGGGAGGGCCUCGGGCUUCCGAGUAUCCUACAACUGCUCGAUUAUUGAGAAAGCGUCACAGUUCACUCUUCUCUCUAAGAGGGGCCCAUCAGCGAAACAAUACGUGAAGCAAUACCUCAGACUCACAAGGUCUUCUCAUAACGUGCAUGGAUACGUGGAGGUCGCAUCUCGAGAAGCUACGUCAUAUGAAGCGCCGAGGAAUUUUGAUCCGGAGGCUGCCUCACAAUGGGAUAUAAUCGAGUAUGUCCUAUGGCAGCUAAGGAUCCCGACUUCAUAUAACGAGUCAGAGAUUACCAAUUUCAAAAACAAGCUCGAUCCUGUGAUUCAAGAUAUGGAAUCCCCGUUUGAAAGGUCAGCCAACGGAUCAUGGAACAUCAACAAUACCUACUUUGACCAGCCAGGCAAGAACACAGUAUACCUUGACUCGGGGAAUAUAACAGAUGUGCUUCCUCAUUUGUUGAACCGAACCAUGGAGCUCGCGCCUCCGAUUGGACUGCAAUGCUUGGCAGUGUCGAGAUUUGGAGCUGCCAAUCUCGACCCAAGAACUUCUACUUUCAGCUCCUUCGAAGAGCGCGUUCCCGACACAGCAAAGCUAGGAGACACAGUAGCAGAGAUUUUAUCCACAAACUACGUAGACCUCUUUUCUUCCAUCAAUUCCCGUACUAUGUUAGCUUUUUCUAACUCCAUGGUGUAUGGAGGAUUCAUUACCACCCAAGAACUACAGCAGUCUGCCAUGCUGGCAUACGGAACUGAGGCAUUAUAUUUGAUGUAUAAUGGCAAGUAUGGAUUCGAGGGGAGCUGGAUACACCCAAAUCUAUCAUAA